CACAGGUGGAAGAGGACACGGAGACGCGCUUUCUAUCACACAACGUCAUCGCGUCCCUUGCGUGUGUGUGCGUGUGAGAUAGAGGAAUUCGAGAAGGUGGCGAAGAGAGAGAGAGAGAGAGAUUGUGAAAUCAUGAAAACGGUUUGUUGUUGUCUGAAGGAAUAACCUAUGCGACAAAAAAAAUGUAUACAAUUCAACGGCGAUCUUCUUUUGCGUCGUCUCGGGGUAGCAGUUGGGGCUAAGGAAGGCUAAGCUGAUUGCUGCUGGCUGGUGACUUCCCUUAGAAGCUGGUGUUGGACUGGAGCAGCCAGCUAUGGCCAUGAGCCAGAAGUCCCUCUUCCUUCUGUGGACCAGAGCCAACAUGGAGGUUUAGACCAGACAGACGCCGAGCAAGUGUUCAGUGCUGUGGGUCCUCUGCCUGGGAAUGGAGUGGUGUCAGCUGCAGACUGGAUGACAGGGUCUUCAGGGGUAGCCCACCGCUAAUCCGUUGCGUUACGGUAACACUGACGGCGAGAGACAUCUUCACCCCGGCGACCACAACAGAAUCUACCUCUUUUUCCUCAUCCGACUCUAUCUGGACUCUCUCCUGGUCCCCUCUACUGCCCCCUCCUUCCCUUCCCUCUCCUCCUUUUCCCCUCACCUUCCCUCCUCCCUCCCCUCUUCUUCCCUACUGUCAAUCUCUUCCUUCUCUCCUACCUUGUUGUCCAUGUGCCAGCACCUCUCUCCUGCUCCUGUCUGAACCCUGAACAUUGACUUCUGACCCUUGAUCCCUCUGGAGGUCAGGAUGAGCUGGCUGAGCCGGCUGACCCCCCGGGGUCCGGGGGGCAGGUCCAGUAGGAACGUAGCCUCUUCCAGUCCCUGUACUGCUGACCCAGAGACCUGCCUCAUGGUGUUCGAGAACCACUGGAGACAGUUGUCCUGGGUACUGGAGCAGCAGGAGCCGUCAGGAUGCAGCGAUGACCUCACCGCGGUGCGGAACCACACCGAUCAGAUGCUGUGCCUCCUGGCUGAAGAGCGUCCGGGGGAAGUGGGCGAGGGCCCCCCCGGGACGUUAACGUCCAGUACCGUCCCCCCGGUGGGACCCAUCCUGGGUCUGGUGGUGACCGAGAACGUCCUGGAGCGAGUGGUGCAGUGGCACCUGCGUCGCGGCUUGGACCCCGACAGCCAGGGGGCGUUGCUCAAGCUGUUCGAGAUGCUGAUAGGCCAGUCUCAGCAGCCCUUGCUCCAACACAAGGCGGUGCUGCAACCUCUACUGGGUCUGCUGGGGGCCUGUGCUGAGCCCCAGCUGGGCUGCCCUCCCUCUCUGGAGAACAGUCUGGUACUGCUGCUCAACCAGAUCUGUGUGUCGAUGGCGCGUGCCCCUGCGGUGUUGGAGCUGUUGUUCAGGUCGGCCCCGGUCCAACACGGUCCUACCAACCUGCUCAUCUUCUCCCUGCUGGUCCCCUUCAUCCACCGUGACGGGGCCAUCGGACAGCAGGCCCGAGACGCCCUGCUCCUCGUCAUGGCAACCUCCGCCAGCAACCAGGGCGUGGCACGCUACAUCGCAGAGAACUCCUACUUCUGCCCGGUGCUGGCCACGGGCCUCAGUGCUCUCUACUCCUCCCUGCCGAGGAAGAUAGAGGUACGGGGGGAUGACUGGCACGCUCUGCGCAGGGAGGACUGGAUGGGCGUGUCCUCUCUGGUGCUCUUCAUGAACUCUCUGGAGUUCUGUAACGCUGUCAUCCAGGUGGCUCACCCCCUGGUCCGUAGCCAGCUGGUCGACUACGUUCACAACGGCUUCCUGGUCCCUGUCAUGGGACCCGCCCUACAUAAGUCAUCUGUAGAUGAGAUGAUAGCCAGUACAGCCUACCUGGAUCUGUUCCUGCGCAGCGUGACGGAAACAGCUCUCCUCAAAACCUUCCUACGCUUCAUCCUCAUGCAUCGCCAUGACAACGACACCAUCCUGGACACCUUGCUGACGCGCGUCAGCAGCAACUCCAGGCUGUGUAUGGUGUCUUUGAGCCUGUUCAGGACUCUGCUCUCUCUCAACUGUGAAGACCUCAUGUUGCAGCUCGUUCUCAGGUAUCUUCUACCCUGUACCCAUGUGAUGUUGAGUCAGAGGCGUGCCGUCAGGGACACCGAUCUCUAUGGUAAAUCAGCUGACAAGUUCCUGUCCCUCAUCCCAGAGUGCUGCCGCCUCAGCGUACUGCCCUCUGCUGAGCGGGAGGAAGAACCUGCCUUCUGGGGGAAAGUACUGAACAGCCCCAGCUCAGAGUCUCCUGUGCACCCCAAACCGAGCACUCCGUCCCGCCUGGCCCUCUUCAUGCGCCAGCAGAGCACCGCACUGCCCUUCACCCCCUCCCCCACUGAGACGGUCCCCUCGUCCCCCCGCGGGGGCCCUAGCACCCCCCUGUCCCCCGACAGCCCCAUGCACCCCGUCCCAGAGGGGCUGGACUGGGAGUCGGGGUACCUGGAGUACCUCAGGGACGCCCGUAGGGGGGUAGAGCUGUGCUCCUGGGCCUGCCGGAACUGGUCAGCCCCCUACGACGGAGAGGACCCCUCACCCAACACGGCCCCUCUACUGCCCCCGCCCCCCACCUCCAACCCCUCCCUGGCCAUGUUCCCAGAGCACUUCUCCUUCCAGCAGGGAGGAGGAGGUGGUAGUACCUCCCACGGCCAGCAGAGGGCAGCGGUGGUGGCAGCAGCGCGGUCAGAGUGGAGCAGUACAGAGAGGGACAGUGGAGAGUGGGACGUCACCAUCGGUAAAAACAACUGUACCAUCAGCCUCACGCCCCGCACCAAGAAACGCAGCCUGCAGAGAGAGGAGGUCCCCCUCCCCAAACCUCUCCACCUCCCUCCUGACUCUACCUCUGCCUCCGUCCCUGACCCCUCUGCUGCCCCCCACCUCCCCUCCGGCCUCUCCAUAGGCCCUCACCAGGCCAUCUUCAAUGGAACGUCGUCGGGGGGUCAGGAGGACGGGUGUCCAGACAGCCAGGAUGGAGGGAUGGAGGUUAAGAAGGUGAAGAGAGAUUUGGACGAGCAGCAGCAGCACGGAGACUCUAGUCAGAACGUUGCAGUAGGUGCCAGCCCAACCCCGGUCCCUACCCCGGCCCAGUCCUGUGGGCCCCUACAGGGGUUGCACAGGGAAGGGAAUGGAAGUGUGACUGGGGAACACUCCAGACGUCUAACAUCACACGUACAGAGUCACACCCAGGAUCAGCCGGCUCCGUGGACUCCAGGAGCCUGUGCCAACUCCUCCAACGUCAGCCUGACCCCUCAGGUCCCUGGAUCGGGACCUCCAGAGGCAAUGCUCUCUACCCAGUCAGAAGCAGUGGAGAGGCUGAUCUCUGAGCUCCUGGAUGGGGCUGGACCGGGGGAGGGGGGGCAGCAGGGGCCUGGGGAGGGGGGCCAGCAGGGGCCUGGAGACUCCAACGGCCAGGGCAUCAGCAUCGAGGCCUUCACCCAGGAACUCCGGGAGUUGGAGGAGAGGGUGAGGGAGAGGAGCAGGGGGGUGGGGCUUCUCAGACAGCUGGAGGAGACCACCAGAGACCCCGACUCAGAGGAACCACUGCCCCCCUCACCCCUGGACUCUGACCUGAUUGGGAAUGGGGCAGGGGCUGGAGUGGAGCCCAAGGUAGUGGGGUCAGCUGUGGGGCUGUGCAGCCCUGCCAGGCCUCUAGGACAGCCAUCCGCUCAGCCCUACACAGGUCCGUUUAUGGUGGUUCUGUUUGCCAAGCUGGAGAACAUGCUCCAGAACUCUCUGUAUGUGAACAUCUUGCUGACAGGGAUCCUGUGCCAGCUAGCCUGCUACCCUCAGCCCCUGCUCCGAUCCUUCCUCCUCAACACCAACAUGGUGUUCCAGCCCAGCGUCAAGUCUCUCAUACAGGUUCUGGGCUCAGUAAAGAACCGCAUUGAGGUGUUUGCAGCAUCCCAUGAGGACUUCCCUGCCAUGCUGAGGAAAGCCCAGCGCUACCUGGUUGCCAGGGGCAAGGUGGACUGGGCUGACUCUUCCCCCAUGGGGGUACCCACCCUGCGACGCUCUGAUUCCCUGGUGAAGAGCCGGAAACCUUCGCUAGGCGACCUGAUCAUGAGACACACCAACAGCCCCACGCGGGCACGCCACGCCGCCCAACUUGCCCUGGCCCACGUACGAGACGGCGGCCAAUCGCUGCACAGUGCCCUGUUCCGGGGAGGGACUGGGGGAGGGGCGUCGGGGCUGGAGAAACAGGUGGAGGCUCUGAGGGUGAAGAACGCCGUCUACUGCGCCGUCAUCUUCUCUGAGUUCCUCAAGGAGCUGGCCGCUCUGGCCCAGGAGCACGCCGUCUCCAUGCCCUUCCUCCAGAGCCACGACACCGAGGAGUGAUGCUGUCAGUCUCCGUGCCCUUCCUGAGGAGUGAUGCUCCCAAUUCUGCGUCCCAAUUCUACACCAUCCUCCCAAUGUGUGGUCUUGCAGACUCCCCAUCAUGAUUGAAAAGCAUUGGCUGAAGGCAUUUCUUUCCCUACCAUUUUAAAUCUAUGAUGGAAUGUGAUCUGGGGAAUGUCUGGACCCCCCAUGUCCACAAAACAUCUCAGAUUAUCAUCCGUUUUAAACUUUUAAAUCACAUGGACAGGUCCUAGACGGGCACCCCUCCUCGGAGACACUUUGUGGACGUGGGUUCUUUCCUCGGUCCAGCUACCGUUUACCCCCCUUCCCUCCUGCAGGGGGCAGAGGGGAGCACUGACAGGGCUGAGCGCUGCAGGGAAGAGACGAGGGAGAGGGGGGGGGGACGACAAGGUUAAUUCGGACAAUGAGAAAUCGAAGAAGGGAAUUGCUGUAUGUGAAAGAGUAUUAGGGGAGAGACUACAAAACUCUUCUGUUAUGAGACUGUGCAUAUCAUGUAAAUAUUGUUUAUGUGGAUAUAUACUAUGAACGCUAACUCUCAGUACAUGUAGAUUUUAGAGGGUGGUCUGUAGUGUACAUGGGUACGUGGUGCUGAGUCAGCUCUUUCCACUCUCCUCUCUUUAGUAAAUGAUGCUCAUUGGACAUUGUACCAGCUUAAAAAUGAGAACAAGGUUAAAGCUUCCGUCUUUUUAGGAGAUUAGGCAACAACAAAAAAUGCCCCCCCCCCCGACUUUCAUUUCGCUGUUCGGGUACAGAGCAUCUCAAGAAGACACAUCUUUUGUUUUGUGUUUUGAAACGCAUCGCCUCAGCGUUGGAGAUUUAACAAGAAGGGAGGAAUGGGAGAGGAGGGGUCUGGGAAAGGGAAGGAAACCAGAGGACAGAGAUCCUCUGGAUCUGUCCUGGAAAACGUGCUGGACAGAGAUCCUCUGUAACUGUCCUGGAAAACGUGCUGGACAGAGAUCCUCUGUAACUGUCCUGGAAGACGUGCUGGACAGAGAUCCUCUGUAACUGUCCUGGAAGACGUGCUGGACAGAGAUCCUCUGUAACUGUCCUGGAAGACGUGCUGGACAGAGAUCCUCUGUAACUGUCCUGGAAAACGUGCUGGACAGAGAUCCUCUGUAACUGUCCUGGAAGACGUGCUGGACAGAGAUCCUCUGUAACUGUCCUGGAAGACGUGCUGGACAGAGAUCCUCUGUAACUGUCCUGGAAGACGUGCUGGACAGAGAUCCUCUGUAACUGUCCUGGAAAACGUGAUGGACAGAGAUCCUCUGUAACUGUCCUGGAAGACGUGCUGGACAAACGUGUUCAUGUUUUAUCAUUCAUAUUUUAAAUUGAAUUGUAUUAUUUAUUUUCUAAAUGAAACCUUUUUUAAGACAUAUCAAUGCCAUGUGGGAGUGGCAAAAUCUCAACGUGUGUGUGUGUGGUGCAUGUAUUAGAAUGUCUCCCUUCUCAGAGGAACACUAUCCAGUCAGUUGUCAGGCCUGCACCUGGUGUUGCCAUGGCAAAGGUGUGUUUGUGUUCUGGUGUUGCCAUGGGAAAGGUGUGUUUCUGUUCGGGUGUUGCCAUGGGAAAGGUGUGUUUCUGUUCUGGUGUUGCCAUGGGAAAGGUGUGUUUCUGUUCGGGUGUUGCCAUGGGAAAGGUGUGUUUCUGUUCUGGUGUUGCCAUGGGAAAGGCAUGUUUCUGUUCUGGUGUUGCCAUGGGAAAGGUGUGUUUCUGUUCGGGUGUUGCCAUGGGAAAGGUGUGUUUCUGUUCUGGUGUUGCCAUGGGAAAGGUGUGUUUCUGUUCUGGUGUUGCCAUGGGAAAGGUGUGUUUCUGUUUUGGUGUUGCCAUGGGAAAGGUGUGUUUCUGUUCUGGUGUUGCCAUGGGAAAGGUGUGUUUCUGUUCUGGUGUUGCCAUGGGAAAGGUGUGUUUCUGUUCUGGUGUUGCCAUGGGAAAGGCAUGUUUCUGUUCUGGUGUUGCCAUGGGAAAGGUGUGUUUCUGUUUGGGUGUUGCCAUGGGAAAGGUGUGUUUCUGUUCUGGUGUUGCCAUGGGAAAGGUGUGUUUCUGUUCUGGUGUUGCCAUGGGAAAGGUGUGUUUCUGUUCUGGUGUUGCCAUGGGAAAGGUGUGUUUUUGUUCUGGUGUUGCCAUGGGAAAGGUGUGUUUCUGUUUUGGUGUUGCCAUGGGAAAGGUGUGUUUCUGUUCUGGUGUUGCCAUGGGAAAGGUGUGUUUCUGUUCUGGUGUUGCCAUGGGAAUGGUGUGUUUCUGUUCUGGUGUUGCCAUGGGAAAGGUGUGUUUUUGUUCUGGUGUUGCCAUGGGAAAGGUGUGUUUUUGUUCUGGUGUUGCCAUGGGAAAGGUAUGUUUCUGUUCUGGUGUUGCCAUGGGAAAGGUGUGUUUCUGUUCUGGUGUUGCCAUGGGAAAGGUGUGUUUCUGUUCUGGUGUUGCCAUGGGAAAGGCAUGUUUCUGUUCUGGUGUUGCCAUGGGAAAGGUGUGUUUCUGUUCUGGUGUUGCCAUGGGAAAGGUGUGUUUCUGUUCUGGUGUUGCCAUGGGAAAGGUGUGUUUCUGUUCUGGUGUUGCCAUGGGAAAGGUAUGUUUCUGUUCUGGUGUUGCCAUGGGAAAGGUAUGUUUCUGUUCUGGUGUUGCCAAUGGAAAGGUGUGUUUCUGUUCUGGUGUUGCCAUGGGAAAGGUGUGUUUCUGUUCUGGUGUUGCCAUGGGAAAGGUGUGUUUCUGUUCUGGUGUUGCCAUGGGAAAGGUGUGUUUCUGUUCUGGUGUUGCCAUGGGAAAGGUGUGUUUCUGUUCUGGUGUUGCCAUGGGAAAGGUGUAUUUCUGUUCUGGUGUUGCCAUGGGAAAGGUGUGUUUCUGUUCUGGUGUUGCCAUGGGAAAGGUAUGUUUCUGUUCUGGUGUUGCCAUGGGAAAGGUAUGUUUCUGUUCUGGUGUUGCCAUGGGAAAGGUGUGUUUCUGUUCUGGUGUUGCCAUGGGAAAGGUGUGUUUCUGUUCUGGUGUUGCCAUGGGAAAGGUGUGUUUCUGUUCUGGUGUUGCCAUGGGAAAGGUGUGUUUCUGUUCUGGUGUUGCCAUGGGAAAGGUGUGUUUCUGUUCUGGUGUUGCCAUGGGAAAGGUGUGUUUCUGUUCUGGUGUUGCCAUGGGAAAGAUGUCUCUGCUCAGAAGGCUUAAAGUUGUGUUGUGGGACUGAGGUAGGAAAGGCUAGUCAGAGCACUAUAAUAGGCAGAAGGAUCAAUGAGUUAGCCAGCUAACUUCAAUAAACAACCAGAAAUAA